UAACUACAUUAAAUAUACAAACAUACUCCCUCUCUGCUCCACUGAGGGCUCGCAUCAGUGGUCCAGCAGCAGCAAAGGCUGCCCAAAGGGCUGGGGGAAGGGUGAGCACAGCAGCAUUAGCAACAGCAACAGAUAAACCCAGCGGCCAAACCAGAUUGUAGGGAAGGGGAGAGGAGCAAGCAGCAUAGCCCAGGGAGGCUCUGCAUUUCGGGUCUCUUCAUAGGAGCUUCCUGCAGCCCUUUCGCAUCUCUUGCAAGUGUAUGUGCAGCGGUGUCCCAGGGAAGAGCAUCCUUCAGGAGAAAGAGCUGGAAAUCGGUCAGAAAAGAAAACCCAAACCAACCAUCAGCUGUUAUCCCUUCCCAGAACUAGGUGAGAGGGAGGGAGGGGAAGGAGUUUAAGGGAAUGAAGCUGGAGCAUCCAGAGACUCCGAAAGGAAAAGUUGCCCUGACAGGAGACGCUGUGUACUAGAGCCUGAGCUCUGCUCCACAAUGGGAUUUCUCGUGUCUAAAGGAAACCUCCUCCUCUUCCUCUGUGCCAGCAUCUUCCCCGCCUUCGGUCACGUGGAGACCCGGGCACACGCGGAGGAGCGUCUCCUGAAGAAGCUCUUCUCUGGUUAUAACAAGUGGUCUCGCCCCGUCGCCAACAUUUCAGAUGUGGUCCUCGUCCGCUUCGGCUUGUCCAUUGCCCAGCUCAUCGAUGUUGAUGAAAAAAACCAAAUGAUGACCACAAACGUGUGGGUGAAGCAGGUGGGUGCACCCAAAUCUGUGCUUUCCCCUGUUCCUUUUCAGCUCUGCAGUCUGAACUUUGCCAGCUUUGUAACUGCCUCAUCUUUGCAGGAGUGGCAUGACUACAAGCUACGCUGGGACCCCCAAGAGUACGAAAACGUCACAUCCAUCCGAAUCCCCUCUGAGCUCAUCUGGAGGCCAGAUAUUGUCCUCUACAACAAUGCUGAUGGCGACUUUGCAGUCACCCACCUGACCAAGGCCCACCUCUUCUAUGAUGGGAGAAUUAAAUGGAUGCCUCCUGCUAUCUAUAAAAGCUCCUGCAGCAUCGAUGUUACCUUCUUCCCCUUUGACCAGCAAAACUGCACGAUGAAGUUUGGCUCCUGGACCUACGACAAAGCCAAGAUAGACUUGGUGAGCAUGCACAGUCAUGUGGACCAGCUGGAUUACUGGGAGAGCGGGGAAUGGGUCAUCAUCAAUGCUGUGGGCAAUUACAACAGCAAGAAAUAUGAGUGCUGCACAGAGAUCUACCCCGAUAUAACUUACUCCUUCAUUAUCCGGAGGCUGCCACUGUUCUACACAAUCAAUCUGAUCAUCCCCUGCCUGCUAAUCUCCUGCCUGACUGUUCUGGUCUUCUACCUGCCCUCUGAGUGUGGAGAGAAGAUAACCUUGUGCAUCUCUGUGCUGCUGUCCCUCACUGUGUUCCUGCUGCUCAUCACAGAGAUCAUCCCAUCUACCUCCUUGGUCAUCCCUCUGAUUGGAGAGUAUCUUCUCUUCACCAUGAUAUUUGUUACCUUGUCUAUCAUCAUCACUGUCUUUGUGCUCAACGUGCACCAUCGCUCCCCGCGCACCCACACGAUGCCUGACUGGGUGAGGAGGAUCUUCCUUGACAUAGUCCCACGCCUCCUCUUCAUGAAACGUCCCUCCACAGUAAAAGACAAUUGCAAGAAGCUCAUUGAAUCCAUGCACAAAAUAACCAAUACGCCAAGGCUUUGGUCUGAGAUCGACGUGGAACCCAACUUCACUACCUCAUCUUCCCCCAGCCCCCAGAGUAAUGAGCCAUCACCCACCUCUUCCUUCUGUGCCCACCUCGAGCAGCCAGCCAAGCCUCAGCCUAUGUGCAAGUCCCCUUCUGGGCAGUACUCUGUGCUGCACCCAGAGCCUGUACAGGUGACCUGCUCCUCCCCGCAACCCUCCUGCCGCCCCCUGAGCAACACCCAGACCACAUCCGUCUUGAAAGGCAGAUCACUGAGCGUUCAGCAGAUGUACAGCCCCAAUAAGGCAGAGGAAGGGAGUAUCCGCUGUAGGUCCCGGAGCAUCCAGUAUUGCUACCUGCAAGAGGACUGUUCCCAGACCAAUGGUCAAUCCACUGGCUCUCCAGCAUCCCAGCGGUGCCACCUAAAUGAAGAGAAGCCCCAGCACAAGCACCCUCAGUGCAAGUGUAAAUGCAAAAAGAGCGGGGCAGCUGGCACAGCAGCUCAAGGAGGCAAGACUCACAGCGCCAAAGAGCAGCAUCUCGUGUUGAUGUCCCCAGCCCUGAAGCUGGCAGUGGAAGGGGUUCACUACAUUGCAGACCACCUGAGAGCAGAAGACGCGGAUUUCUCAGUGAAGGAAGACUGGAAGUACGUUGCAAUGGUCAUUGACAGGAUCUUCCUUUGGAUGUUCAUCAUCGUGUGUUUGCUGGGAACUGUUGGUCUCUUUCUCCCACCGUGGCUGGCAGGAAUGAUCUAAAUAUAAUCCCAGAAGGAAGAAAAUGUAUCCCAUUCUAUGGAUUUUAGUUACCUGGAAGGAGAGGAGCAGAGAAAUGGAGGCAGCCCUUUGUGUCCUCGCUUGAGUUGCUCCACAGCUAUCUGGGAGUACUUCCCGAGGUCACAUCGUUUUGCCAAGCCAUUUUCAUCUCCUCCAUCUAAUUUAGGGGAAAAAUUCUUAUUAAAGUCUGUACAUAGCAUGGUGGCAUUUAUUGGCAUAUAGUCAGCAAUGUAAGAACACAAGCUUGUUCCCUAAAGCAGCACAUAAAGAGGCUUCACAUCGACAAAUCAGUUCCUGGCAAAUUAGCUCCAGCCAUCUUCAGAGGUCUAAGUGUGCCCUGCCCAGUAAUUUUGCCCUGUGAAGCUGAAGUGGUUCAGGACUGUGUGUCCCUGUAUGAGUCAUUUUAUAAAUAAAGUUCCAGGUUUGGGA